AUGGCAUUGGCCAUUUCUGGGUCUGUAAAUUCAAGUGAUAUUCGCCUGUUCUUGACGAGAUUGAGCAUGAAAUUCCACAGCUUAACACAAGCGGCGAUUGAUGGCAACUAUCACUGGACUGAGGGCGAUUUUUUCGCGGGUUCCAGCGAAGGUUCGUCCACAUGCCUGCGAGCAGACAUUCAUCGCCUUAAUGGGGAGUUUUCGACAUAUAUGAGAGACAAAGGGCACCUGAGGAAGCUCUUUAGUGAUUCCGAACCUGACGUCGGUUCCGAAUCUGACGUCGAUUCCGAAGAGGAGGGAGAAAUGUUGCGCGUCGCUAAACACGAAGUUGAAACCUGGGUAAAACGGGUAUAUUUGAAAACCAGGGGGCGUGAACUACCCGGAAAUUACAAUUACGUAUUGCUAUCUGAGUUGUAUCAUGAGCAAUCGAGUCGGUGGACCAUGAUUGGAAACGAUCAUUUAACAUCGGUCCUUGCUACCACCGCUAAUUUUGUAGACAUGGUUUUAAAUUGCAUCAUCGAAGAAGAAGAUGUUGAGAGCAGAGUUCGGGAAAUCAUCCAGUCUAAGUUUGAGAUCAAAAAGGCCGGUGCUGCCAAAGAACUGGAGACGCUCAUAAAGGAUGAGAAACGUCAGCCAAUAACGUACAAUCAUUACUAUACCGACAACGUUCAGAACGCAAGGCAUGAUGCGAUGAAGGGCAACAUACAAAAGGCGAUGCAAAGCGUUGUUGAGCAUGACCAGAAUGGGAAACUUCAAGCGCUGCAUACACUGCCUCCUCCUGCUUGUUCGACCGAAACUUCGGCUCCUCCUGAUUCAGCACUUUCUUCAACCCCUCGUAUAUUUCUUCUUCCGAAUACGUCGGCACUGUCGCCAGUUGCAGAACCCCAGUCCUUGCCGCUUCGGGCCGCGGUCGACUGGGGAGCACCAUUGGCCCAAACCCGCUUUCUGUCUCAUUUCCAGCCCAGCUCGGGCUUGCUGGCGUCAAGAAUCCGCCCUGAGAUGGGCUGGUUAGCAGCGGUGUAA